AUGGGAAAACCCAAAGAUGUUGAUAAUGAAGGAGAAGAGGGACAAGAAGAAAAAGAAGUAGAGGAAGAGGAUGAUGAUGAAAUAGAAAUAUCUCAAGCUACUAUACAAAGACAACUAGAGGAAAGACAACGACAAGAAAAGGAAAAAGAACGAUCUUUGGAUAAAGAUAAAGAUAAAGAUAAAGAUAACAAUAAUAAUACACAAGAAGAUGAAACUAGUACAACUUCAACAACUACAACGUCUACAACUACACCAACAAAAAAAAAGAGGAAAAAAGGAACAGAUGACGGUGAUGAAGAUGAAGAUAAAGAUGAAGAAGAAGAAGAAGGAGGAGAUGAUAAUAAUACAAAUGUAAAAAAGAAAACUGUAAAUAAAAAGACAACAACAAAGAAGAAAAAGAAAAAGAAAACAACAACAGCAGCUAGUGCAACACCAACCAAUGGAAAGAAAAAGAGAUUUGAUGGAUUUGAUGAAGAAAGAAUAGAAAUUGAAUCGUCACAAGCUACUCAGAUUAGUUUGGGUAAUUUGGUGGAAGCAUCGAUCAAGGAUGGUUCAGAGAUGGCAUCUACAGUCGAAAAGAGAAGGACUGGUCAAGAAACGACACGAAGAAGAGCAGUUGCACCGGUCGAGGAAGAGGUACAAGAAGAUGCUUUGGAAUUUGAUGCCGAAGGAAACAUUAUUGCCAUUCAGAGAGGUAUGAGUGGUCCGGCAAUCGAUUACUCGUCAUUCUUUGAGACGGGAGGUAUUGUCAAUUACUCGUCGUUUUCAUUGAAUCGUGACACUCCCCGUCGAUGGGGCAAGGACGAGACCAACAAGUUUUAUGCGGCACUCAAAAAGUAUGGAACAGACUUUACAUUGAUGGAGAGUGUGUUUGGCAAUCGAUCGAGAUCACAACUAAAGUCAAAGUUUAAACGAGAAGAGAGAGAUCAUCCGGGACUGAUUCGAGAUCUAGUCAGCAAUCGUCUGCCAAUCGACAUUCAAGAGUUUAACCGCGACAGCAACAGAGUCAAAGAAAACAAGCAAAAGGAAGAACGAGACAAACGAGCUAGAGAUGAAGAGAUUCGUAAAAAGAAUAUGGAAGAUGCUGGGUUUGAUGCUGAAAAUAUGACCGAACAAGAACUACUAGAUCGGGAAAAUGAAAUGAGAGCCCAAAACCUACAACCUUUGCGAUUCACAAAUAGAAACAAUCGUUCCGAUGAACUUGUCAUUGAUCGUAACCAAUACCAACAAAUGCAACAACAACAACAACUUCAACAACAACAACAAGCUUCCGAUUUUGAUUACUUUUCAUUCCAAAGUGAUACUUAUGAUGUUGGUGAUGGUGGUAAUGAUUAUUAUUAA